CUUCACAAUACCCUUCAAAUCUCCAAUGGACCUUGGUAAUGUGUGUAGACUUUAUGGUGAUGUAAUCCUUAGCAACAAGCCCAUGCAUCUUACCAAUGAUGUAGUCCUUAGCAACAAACUUGGUGAAGUGUCUAGACAGACUCCAUCACUUCGCUUCUGAUGAUGUAAUCUUUAGCAGCACCGUUGGUGAUGCAGUAGAUAUAUCCAGGUGAAGCCUGAAUGGUGGUUGGCGUGACAAAAGGAGGGAAAUUUUCUGACAUCCUGCUGCCUUUGAUGUGAAGGAUGUUUGCUCAAAACCAACUCUCAUUGUGUCUUAUCCUUUCCUUCAAUUACAGUUUCCUACAGCUCAAUCAACCCCCCAAAUCUAAGAUAGUGUUUCCUGCUGUCCCAACCAAAGCUCUCGUAAUCUCUCCACCGCCACCAUUUGGUGGAGCCGAAGCUUCUAUAUACUUUCACACACUAUGGUUUCCGCGUCCUAAAGUUGGUUUUAGUGGGAUG